AUGAGGAAAACACCAUCUCUCGGAGCGGAACUGCUCUGCUCGUAUUCUCUCUCUGAUCCAUCUCCAUCACCAUCUCCGUUCUCCAGUGAAAUGGAGAUUCCGGAGGGGACACCAAAAGAUUCAGAAAAGGCCAUCGAACAAGAUACAGUAUCAUCAAUUGGGGUAAAGAAACCUCCAGUGGACUCUCCAGCCACUACUAAUGCUGCUAGCGGUCGACUUGUUUAUGUCCGGAGAAGAGUGGAGGUUGACACAUCCAAAGCCGCUGCUAGCACUACUAAUCCGAAUCCGCCUCCUACUAAGGCACCACCCCAGAUACCUUCAUCACCCGCACAGGCACAGGCACAGGAACCAACCCCUACCAGCCAUAAGUUAGACUGGGAAGAGCGUUACCUUCAUCUUCAAAUGCUUCUUAACAAGCUUAAUCAAUCUGAUCGGACCGAUCAUGUUCAGAUGCUUUGGUCACUUUCCUCCGCCGAGCUUAGCAAGCAUGCUGUUGACUUGGAAAAGAGGUCUAUUCAGUUCUCUCUCGAGGAAGUUCUAGUUGACCAUCCAUAAGUGGAUUAUUCAUGCUGCUGCUUAAGCCAUUUUUUCCAUAUCUGCUGACAACUAUAUAGGCUUUAGUCACAUGCUUUUAGGUUUGUAGCUAUGAACCAUCUGGAAUCAAGUAUUUGCUAGAAAUAAUGUUGUUGAUCCUCUGGUGCAGCGAGAGAGAUGCAGCGCGUAGCAGCUUUAAACGUGUUAGGAAGGUCUGUGAAUAGUAUAAAAUCUACAUCAAAUGAGUGAAGGGAAAUGGGCAGCAACACAUGUGGUGGAAAGGAGAAAGGGCAGUCAGUAAUGAGGCAGAAAGGAGCAUUAUCCAAGAUAUUGUUACAGCAGUGAUUGUGACUCGAAGAGAAGAUAUAUAUAUUUGACAGGUAUCCAUAUUUUGUUCUACCCUAAGAAGGAUUCAUAAUCUGGAAAUCAUACUAUUAGUAAAUCAUUUUGGAGAGAUGCUCCCACGAGUUAGGAGAUUUCAAUAGAUUAGAUUAGAUCCCUCCAAAGGUCUUGAUGUUAAACUCCUGAGACUUGGGCUUAAGAUCCCAUUGCAUUCUGUAUCUAUCUACUUACACCUGUACUUGAGACUCAGCCUAAUACUACCAAGUCCAUUGCAUUUUCUGUU